UCUCUCGCUCUCUCCGAGGUAGCUAAGCUAGCGGACAGUGCUAGCAGCACUAGCGUCGAAUUAUACACUGGCUGGAUCCGCCAUAUUUUCCACUAGAAGACCAGAAGAGGGCCAUUCAGUAUUCAGGAGUUGGUAAGGGGAUGACCGUUUGGAGUGGUGCGCCUCCGGAAUAAAAUGCUGGAUGUCCUCUUAUAGCAGCUACAACCAGCCAUCAUCUGCUUUCAUCAGCUCCACCUCUCAUCUACUGCUUGGAGGGAAGCUCCAAGGUGCUCCUGGGAUUAUCCCGUGUAGAAUAUGUCGGGUCCUGUCUCAAGCCGCUCUCGAGUUUACCCCGAUGUAAACACACAGAGACCCAGAGAAUACUGGGACUACGAGUCCCAUGUGGUAGAGUGGGGAAAUCAGGAUGACUACCAGCUCGUGCGGAAGCUGGGUCGGGGAAAGUACAGUGAAGUGUUCGAGGCCAUAAACAUCACUAACAAUGAGAAAGUGGUGGUCAAAAUACUCAAGCCUGUGAAAAAGAAGAAAAUCAAGCGAGAAAUUAAAAUUCUUGAGAACCUGAGAGGAGGCCCAAAUAUCAUCUCACUUUUAGACAUCGUCAAGGAUCCUGUGUCCCGUACACCUGCCCUUGUUUUUGAGCAUGUAAACAACACAGACUUCAAGCAACUGUAUCAGACGUUAUCGGAUUAUGACAUUCGGUUCUACAUGUACGAAAUCCUAAAGGCUCUCGACUACUGUCAUAGCAUGGGCAUUAUGCACAGGGAUGUGAAACCACACAACGUCAUGAUUGACCACGAGCACAGAAAGCUUCGUCUGAUAGACUGGGGCUUGGCCGAGUUUUACCACCCGAAUCAAGAGUACAACGUGCGAGUCGCCUCCCGGUACUUCAAAGGCCCGGAGCUGCUCGUAGACUACCAGAUGUAUGACUACAGUUUGGACAUGUGGAGUCUGGGCUGCAUGUUGGCCAGUAUGAUCUUCAGGAAGGAGCCGUUCUUCCACGGACAUGACAACUACGAUCAGCUUGUACGGAUCGCGAAAGUCCUGGGUACCGAGGACCUGUAUGAUUACAUCGACAAGUACAACAUCGAACUGGACCCACGUUUUAACGACAUUUUGGGAAGGCACUCGCGUAAGAGAUGGGAACGCUUCGUGCACAGCGAGAACCAGCAUCUGGUCAGCACAGAGGCUCUGGACUUCCUGGACAAGCUCCUGCGCUACGACCACCAAGCUCGGCUGACCGCACGAGAGGCCAUGGAUCACCCCUACUUCUACCCCAUUGUGAAGGACCAGGGCAGAGGACCCCCUGCUACCGGAAUGGCUGCUAGUUCGACUCCCGUCAGCUCUUCUAGCAUGAUGGCAGGCAUCACCUCGAUGGCAGCCAGCACACAGCCGAUAGGCAGCAUCGCCGCCGGCUCUCCCGUCAUCUCUGCUCCCAACGCGCUGGCCACACAAGUACCCGCUGCUGCCGGAGCCCAACCAUAAGCCUCAUCCCUCCCUCCCCCGUCCCUUUCCUCCUCUCCCUUUCCCCCCCCCGAGCCUCCGUCCCCUCUUCCCUUCUGUUUGUUCUAUCGGCAGCGUGGGCGGAGUCGCCGACACGUCGUUUUUUUGUUUUUUUUGUUUGGUUGUUAUUAUUAUGUUGAAUCGUAACACAGAACUAAUGCAAAGUCGCCCCGUUUUCCGUCUUCUCUUCAGUUCUGCUCUGUAGGGAUGUGGACUCAUUAUUAUUAUUAUUAUUAUUAUUAUGUUUAGCCAGCACCCGCCCGGGUGAGCUCAGAUAGGCCCGAAAGGGUGCGAGUGCUCUCUCUCUCUCUCUCUCUCUCUCUCUCUCUCUCUCUCUCUCUCUCUCUCCUCACCGUAACACACACACACACACACACACACACACAUGUAGAACUGAAGAAGGAAAAUAAAAAUGAAUUUUUUAUGUCCCUUAA